UCGCUUCGCACAAAGCCACAACAAAUGUUAAAAAAAUGUAAAUUUGGCAAGCUUCAAACUACGACUUUAACCCAAGUUGAUCGAUGCGCACAUAUUUUUAGUGAGUAAACAACACUACAAGCAACAAAGUUUUUAUAAUUUUUUAAGCAUUGCCGACUUUAUCAAAACCAUGAAGUACGGCUUUUGAUCGACUCUAUGGAUUGCUGGCCAUUAAAUUUGUCUAGGAGAGUUCCCGGUAACUACAUACUUGUAUCUUCAUUUGUAUUCCCAUAUAUAAUCUCCUCCCUCCUUUACAAACAAGGAGAUUGAUCCAACUAUUCUCCUAUAAUAAUAAGCUUAGAUUUAUUAGAACAAUUGAUCAAUCCCGCCUCAUCAAAUGGGACAUGUAUCGGUCCUGUCUUUAUUCCUCGGAAGUUUAGCUUUGUCGAGUAUUUUCGGAAUUCAAGCAGAAAGUCCGUAUGUAUAUCUCACUUGGAGAAUUACAUACGCAACAAUAUAUCCGGGGAAUUUCCCUCCUCAAAGGGGAAUUCUUAUAAAUGGGCAAUUUCCGGGUCCAACAAUUGGUGUCAACACCAAUGACAAUCUCAUCAUCACUAUUAUUAAUGAUUUGGACGACCCAUUUCUAAUGACAUGGAACGGAAUUUGGCAGAGGAAGAACUCGUGGCAAGAUGGGGUACUCGGAACCAACUGUCCUAUUCCUCCAAGGAGUAACUACACGUACACGAUGCAAGUCAAGGAUCAAAUUGGUACAUACAUGUACUUUCCUUUCACAUUGAUGCACCGUGUUUCCGGUGGUUUUGGUUCCAUCAAUGUUUACAGAAGAUCUGUCAUUGCUCUUCCUUAUCCUGAACCAGCUGGUGAACACACUCUACUUAUUGGAGACUGGUACAAAACUGACCACAAGGUACUCCAAAAGAGGCUAGACAAUGGAUAUGGAAUGCCAAUGCCUGAUGGCCUACUUAUUAACGGCCUACAAAACUUCAGUACUGAUAGAGUCUACACUGGUCAAGCAGGAAAAACCUACUUGUUUCGUGUUGCGAAUGUAGGGAUCAUGACUUCAAUCAACGUUAGGAUUCAGGAUCAUACAAUGAAGCUUGUCGAGGUUGAGGGUUCUCAUGUCCUACAAGAAACAUACGAAUCACUUGAUGUUCAUCCAGGCCAAUCCUUAACUUUCUUGGUAACUCUUAAUGGUGUAAUCAAAGACUAUUACAUUGUUGCAUCCACUCGUUUCACGAGGCCAAUUCUCAGUACCACUGCAACCCUCCAUUAUGAUGGUUCGAUUAUUACUGCUACCGGUCCUUUGCCUAGCGCCCCUGCUUUUGAGGUGCACGGCUCCAUGAAACAAGCUAGAACUUUCAGAAGGAAUCUUACCGCCAAUGCUGCAAGGCCGAACCCCCAGGGAUCAUUCCGAUAUGGGGAAAUAAACAUAACAAGAACACUUGUUUUGGGAAAUUCAGCUGAGAAGAUCAAUGGAAAGUUGCAGUACGGAGUAAACAAUGUUUCGUACGUGAACCCAACCACACCAUUGAAGCUUGCAGACUAUUAUAACAUUCCUGGUGUGUUCGACCUUAACACGAGUAGGGAUAAACCCACACCUGGUCCUAUGACCCAAGGCACCAUAGUUUAUGGCUUGGCUCUUCAUGAUUUUGUAGAAAUCAUCUUCCAAAACAACGAGGCCACCACCCAAUCUUGGCAUCUUGAUGGCUAUAACGUUUUUGUGGUCGGGUUUGGAUCAAGUGAAUGGACUCCGAAAAGAAGAUCAGAAUACAAUUUGGUUGACGCUGUCUCAAGAAGUACCGUCCAGGUGUUUAGAAACUCAUGGACAGCAGUGUUAGGAUCACUUGAUAACAAGGGAAUGUGGAAUUUGAGAUCAGCAAUAUGGCAUAGACAGUACUUAGGGCAGCAAGUUUAUCUGAGGGUGUGGAAUGAUGAAACCAGCCUCACCACAGAGUAUGACAUCCCUCCAAAUGCUCUCAAAUGUGGGAACGCUGCUAUUUAGUUUUUAUUUUUAGUUUUUGUAUCACUCUUAAAUUAAGCUAGAAUAUAACCAUAUAUAGUGUUAAUCCUUGGGGAACUCCAUAGACUGAUUGCACCAUUGUUAAAAUGUCACAACAUCUAUCUAUACUAUAUCUUAAAAAACGUUCAUAAGCACACUUAUGUGUUACGUGUC